AGCUCCGGCAUUCUUUUUGGUAAUGAGCGGAUCACUCGGCCCAAAAGAAAAAAGGGAAAAAUCUCACGCUCCAACCGACGUGUUUUCUGUUCAGCGGUUGGCGGGCGAUUGGGGUUAUGCGCGCGUGGGGCUCAUCCGUUUUCUUUUCGUUGAUGACACGUGGCAUGCUAUUCGGUUGCUACAGUUCGGAAUCUGUGGGUCCCAGUGGAGAUAUUCUCAACAACUCCCACGCGCACUCACGACGGCUUCGGCUGGCUUGACCCGUCUUGGUUUUGUUGUAUUCUAUAAUUCAUUUCUCAUCCGAUGGCAUAACACAACACAACACAGCCUUCGUUCUUUUUCUUUCUUCCGUUGAUCUUCUUCUUCUUCUUCCUCCUCCAGAUGAAAUCUCCGGAUAUGGCGGCGAUUACUGAUUCUCUGGAGCAGUCUUUCCGUAACUUCUCCCUCAAUCAUCGCCUCUCCUCGGCUGCCGCGGCCUCCGCCGCAAGGCCCCGGAGGUCCUCCUCCUCUUCCUCUUCACCUUCUUCUUCCGACGACGAACAUCAUCGCUUCGACACAACCUUGGAACUCAACUCUCACAUCUCCCUCCCUCCUUUCUGGGAACAAUGCCUCGAUUUAAAGACAGGGGAAGUGUACUACAUCAACUGCCGGACCGGGAUGAGAGUAAAGGAAGAUCCUCGGACGGCGGAAGCAGACGGCGGAGACUCUUCGUACUACUCGGAAGACGAGGAGGGGAGCUCGUCGGACGACGGCGGGAGCGAGGAGUCGUGUUGUUCGUCGUCGUGCGGUGGUAGGAGAAAGCAAAACGAGGAGGACGUGCUGGUGGUGGCCGGAUGCAAGAGAUGCUUCAUGUACUUCAUGGUGCCGAAGCAGGUGGAAGAUUGCCCCAAAUGCAGCAGUCUUCUUGUUCAUUUCGAUCGCUCCGACGAUAAUGGCUUCCCAUGAGAGAGCCAACCACAUUUCCAAAAUCAAACUGUAUUUGGUAUUUGGGUUAACCUGACAAAAUCAUUGAUUCUUUUUCCUUCGAUAUUAUUGAUUGGGUGCAAACUGCAAAGGGCGAACGGAGUUUUAAUUUCUUUUGCUCGUCAUUAAUUAAUUUCCUCGGUAUAACAUCUCUCUGUAGAGUGUAGUUUAAUUAAUUUGUUGUCGUUGUUGUGGUUUUCCUUAUGGAUUGGAAGUUUUUAUUGAAAAGAAAAAAGGAAAUGAAAAGAAUCUUGUGAUGGGGGUUCUGCCA